AAAGUGCCCAGCACCAGUCGAAGGUUGCCCGUGGUUCGGUUCGUUUCGCUCUGUGGCUGUGGUGUUUUCUGCUUCGCGGUGUUCAUAUGCAGCGCUGUGUCUGUGUACUGUGGUGUUCGAGCUUCGACUAGAAUCCACGGGUGAUUGAAGUGAGCUGUGCGUGUGUGGUGCUAGUGUUGGCGUUCUCUAUCCCAGCAAGCAUUGGUUUGGGUGAAACGUGAAAAAAAGAAAAAGGCUCCGAUCAACGGAAAAGUGGUGACCGAGUGACCCCCGGUGCGAGUGUGUUUGUGUGUGCCUACGCAAAAGUGGCCCACGGCACUUGGCCACUUUCGGGAGUGUGUGUGCGUGUGUUUGUGUGUGAGUGUGUGUACCGCGGCUUCGUGCUGAAUGUUGAAGAUGUCCUCCAUAUCCGCCCAGGGAGUGGUUGAGCGUGCCUCGGCCGAACUAUCGAAACGCAUCAACGGCCUUGGGCUGCGGUCGAAGCACCAUCAUGGCAGUGGCGGUGGUGGCGGCGGCGGCGGUGGCAAGUCGGGCGAGAAGGCCAGCGUGAUGGAGCGCGUCACGAACGUGCUGUGCGGUGGCAGCAGCUCCAGCAACUCCAGCAACGCCGCCAAUCUCUCCAUCCAAACCGCCGGCCAGUCACAGUCGGGCGGUGGUGGAGGCAUCACUGGCGGAGGUGGUGGUGGUGGCCACGCUCCCGAGAAACCGUCCCGUGUGUCCAACACAACCGGGGGAGGUAACAGUGCGGGCGGCAAGGGCUCGAUGCUUGGCAUGGGCGCGGGACCUGGUGGCAAAUCGCAGUCCAACACACCGCAGUCGCUGCGCAAGAUUGGCCACCAGCAGCAUGGCGGCGGCAUGAACCAUCACCAUCUCGGGGGAGCGGGCAAGAUGGGCCAGUCGCAGCUGGCCCUGCCGCAGAUACUGACGAUCGAGCAGCUGCUGCAGGACGAACGCUUCCUGGCCCGGUUCUUCCUGUACUUUACGUCGUACGAGCGGUGCACGCUGGCGCAGGUCUGCCAGAAGUGGCGCGAUCUGCUGUACCGCAGCCCGCGCUACUGGAGCGGCCUGGUGCCGGUGCUGCAGUGUCGCGAGCUGCGCCAGACCACCAACCAGGACCGGGUGAAGCUGUACAACUCGCUGAUUCGGCGCAGCUUCCACGCCGUCUGUCUGAUGGGAGCGACCGACGAGGAUGCGCUGGAUUUGGUACAUUCGUUCCCGCUCGCCUCGAAACACGUCCACUCGCUGAGUCUGCGGUGCUCGUCGAUCAGCGAUCGGGGUCUGGAGGCACUGCUGGAUCACUUACAGUCCCUGUUCGAGCUGGAGCUGGCCGGAUGUAAUGAGAUUACCGAGGCCGGUCUGUGGGCGUGCCUGACGCCAAGGAUAGUGUCACUCUCGCUGGCGGAUUGCAUCAAUGUGGCCGACGAAGCGGUCGGAGCCGUCGCACAACUGUUGCCUUCACUGUAUGAAUUUUCGCUGCAGGCCUACCACGUGACAGACGCAGCGUUAGGUUACUUUUCGCCCAAGCAAAGCCACAGCCUAAGCAUUCUCCGGUUGCAGUCCUGCUGGGAGCUUACGAACCACGGUGUCGUCAACAUUGUACACUCUCUGCCACAUUUGACCGUGCUGUCGCUGUCCGGCUGCAGCAAGGUGACGGAUGACGGUGUGGAGCUGAUUGCGGAAAACCUCCAGAAGCUAAGGGCACUCGAUCUGUCCUGGUGCCCCCGGAUAACGGAUGCCGCCCUCGAGUACAUUGCCUGUGAUCUGAACCAGCUGGAGGAGCUAACGCUGGAUCGCUGCGUGCACAUCACCGACAUCGGCGUGGGCUACAUCUCCACGAUGCUGUCGCUGUCCGCCCUGUUCCUGCGCUGGUGCACCCAGAUCCGGGACUUUGGCCUGCAGCAUCUCUGCUCGAUGCGCAACCUGCAGGUGCUGUCCCUGGCCGGCUGCCCGCUGCUCACCUCGUCCGGCCUGUCCAGCCUGAUCCAGCUGCGCCACCUGCAGGAGCUGGAGCUGACCAACUGUCCCGGCGCGUCCCAGGAGCUGUUCGGCUACCUUCGCGAGCAUCUGCCCCGCUGUCUGCUGAUCGAAUAAUCCCAUUCCGGGCACCAACCGCGCAACUCGACCGCCGUUCGAUGACACGUGCAAGCGAGAUCUUCGCUGCCGACGUUCGCUUCCUCCUUCCCGCUUGCUUUCGCUCUCGUUGGAACGUUUUUUGGAGCGAGCUGGAAAGAGGGAAAGCUGCGAACAAAGCUGAUUGGCCUACGCAAAACCUGCCCUCUCUACAUCCAACCCUCUGCCGAUUGUGUUUGGCGGAGACUAACCGGAGGUUGGGAUUUAGUAAUUGUAACGUUUAAUUAGACAGGGAGCGAGGGACGGUGGUGGAACAUUCAGUUUAGUUUUCUUUUCUUUUUAUGUGAGCUUCUUUGCUCUUCUUUUUAACGCAAUUCAUAGGGCAGCUGCCAGCUAAUGCGUAGUUUUUGCAACACUAUUUUUACAUACCUUUUUACAUGCAUACUUUCGUGGCUUGUAAACGGAAUAGUCACUUUAGCCAUCGACUCCAACAAAUGCAGGAGAGAGGAAAACUAUUUGUAUGGCAACCACGAAUACUUACUGAUUGGUUUUUUAAGUGUACAGCCCUGAUCUCACUUGUUAAAGGCCCCCUCGAGCAAGGAAACUCAAAAUUAAUGUUAACUUAAAACAGGACAGCAAAAUGGGUAGAAUAUGAAAAGGGCAACAAAGGGAAAGAGUAAGCCUGCAAUUGCUAAAACAAAACAAAACAAAAAGAAAACAAAAAUAAUCUAAUUUUGUCGAAUGUUAAA